AUGGAGUUCCUCAAGAUAAGAAGCUUUCGAGGCAUCGGUAAGUUUAAAGUGAAGAAAGACUCGAAUCAGGAUCGGGAUCUGAUGAAUCUAGACCUGGAAAAGCCAAAUGACGAGGUAUUGGGCACAAUGCCGAAAGCGGAUGCUUCUGAUCAUGUUGUGAAGGCGGUAGAGGAUGAAGAUGAUGAUGAUUUCGUCACCAAUGAGGUGAAGCGGCGUCUGAAGGAGCUGAGGAAGAACAGCUUCAUGGUGCUCAUACCUGAAGAAGGAUAUCCAGAAGAGGAAGAGGGGAGAGGGAGCAGCUCGAGCGGGUGGAGGGAGUCGGAAGAGGGUGGUGAUGCUCCAUGGUGCACGUUUAAUGCAAUUUAUGCUAAGUACACGGAGCGGAUGACGUUCUUUGACAAGCUGAUGGUCAAGAGUCUCAAAGAAGCUGGAUCGUUGGGUGCUUCAAAACAUUCACAAAGCUCUUUGUCAAAGAAGUUGUAUAUGAACCUGCUUAACCUCCCUAUCAAGGCACAAAAUGGACAUUGUGAUGGCAAUGAAAUUCUUAGAAGUCAGCAGGAAGAUAGCCCUUGUGAGAAUCUUGAAGCUGCUUAUGUUUCACAAGUUUGUUUAAGUUGGGAGAUUCUCCAUAAUCAUUUUCAUUUGUUGGGUUUUAAUCAGGUUGUUGAAGUACCAAAUGUCAGCUCGGAUGAUAUUGGUGGGCUGGAAAAUGUCAAGAGGGAACUGCAAGAGAACAUGUCUUUGUCUCCUCAUGCUGGUCAUGGGAUUCCUACACAGUCCUUUGAGGAAAAUCAAGGGGGCAGAAAUUAA